CUUCUCUUUCUUUAUUUCGGAUGAUCGACGCGACUAUUUCAGUUUCGAUUUGUAAAAUUUCUACGGCAAAAGUGUAAAUUUUAACAGCAAUGACCGACCAUGAAAAACCGAAUAACCAGCGUCUCCGAUCAAUUUGUAAACCUCAUCUGGCGAGUCGCCUGUUGGCUUUGGGAGACCCUCGAACUUAUCCUGAUUAUCAUACUCGACUGCUUAACGAGGCUAAUUGAACUAAUACUCGUGACGGUGAAAUUAAUAUUUCAGGUAAUCAGCUUCUUUAGGGAUUUAUGCAUUGACGCGAUGCAGACAUUCGUCAAUGUUUUCCGCGGGAUCGUUAACAUCGUUAGCAGCAUCAGCUGCGAUGACGUCGAGGACUUUGUCUCCGCCUGUAUCGUCGUUGCUUUGUGCAUCGGAGCCAUUAAGAUGUUCAUGGAUCUUCUCAAAAGAAAUCCCCACGCGAAGCUGUUCGAUAUGUUUGGGCAACGCGUGACGCAAAUCGACAAUAAUAAUAAUCUGACAGCAAGGAGCCACUGCCAGGAUGCGUGUCUUCCGGCGAGAAAAACGAGAAGGCGAUCAAAGCAACGAAAUAGGAGGCGAUAUCGGUCAGUCUCACAAAAGAAAAAUUAAUACAAUUAUGUAAGGUUUCCUUUGUAAAGUACAAAUAUCUUUAUAAGGUAUUUACAUAAACGUUUAUUAUCUAUAACAAUGUGUAAGGCGCAUAUCAAAUUUCGUCGUAAAAUAGCAUAUAAUUUAUCAUAUUUAUGUACAUAGUAACAUAUACGUAAAAAAUUUGCGACACUUUAUUAUAUUAUGCCAUUUUUAUAUAUUGUAAUAACAAUAUUAUCAAUUUAAACUUGGUAAGUGUUGCAGAAAUUUUUCACGUAUAUGUAAUCAGGCAUCAAUUUGUAAAAGAGAGACGUUUAUAUAUAGAAAAAUACAUUGCUGGUAUUUUUAAAAUCGCAUUUAAGAACGUGCGCAAAUCUCUGCUUUCGCACAUUGAUGAACGAUUCAAAUCUCUUAAAUCUCUAAUGCGUAAAAUAACAUUUAUAAAUUAUAAAACUUUACGCUAAAGAGUCAUGGAAAACGUAGUUAUAAAUAAAAAGAAUCGAGGCUC